AUGUCAGAGUCUUUGGUGCAAAAUGUUGUGUCGCUGGUGCAAUUUGCAGUUGCGUACUUUGUUGCGUUGCCAUUAAUCCAGCAGAUCUCGCUAGUUGUUGCAACACCGUUUGUGUAUUCGCUUGCAUGGCAGUGGAUGUAUAGUAUGAGACGGGACCGGGUGCCGCUAGUUCCUUAUUAUGUUCCAUGGGUUGGUUCUGCUGUGUCAUAUGGUAUGGAGCCUUAUAAGUUUUUUGCCAAGUGUCAGAAACAGUAUGGUGAUAGUUUUGCGUUUGUUUUGCUUGGAAGGGUGAUGACUGUGCACUUGGGGCCCAAAGGGCACGAGUUUGUGUUGAACGCGAGGUUGGCGGAAGUCUCUGCGGAGGAGGCAUACACGAAGCUUACCACUCCUGUUUUUGGAAGCGGUGUUGUGUAUGACUGCCCAAACCACCGGUUGAUGGAGCAGAAAAAGUUUUGUAAGAACGCCCUUUCUACUGAUGCGUUCCGCAGGUAUGUUCCAAUUAUCGAGGAUGAGGUUACCAAGUACUUCCAAAACUCAAAGUACUUUCGGAUCAAUGAGAGUGAUGGUGGGCGUGCCCAUGUAAUGGAGACCCAGCCGGAAAUGACUAUCUUCACUGCAUCGAGAACUUUGCUUGGUGAUGAGUUACGCGCCAUGUUGGACACUGACUUUGCCUAUUUGUAUUCAGACUUGGACAAAGGGUUUACUCCGUUGAACUUUGUGUUCUCGAACUUACCACUUGAUCAUUAUAGAAAAAGAGACAAUGCACAGAAGGUGAUCUCGAGCACCUAUAUGAGGUUGAUCAAAAAGAGACGUGAGAACAAUGACAUCCACGACCGUGACUUGAUUGAUGCUCUAAUGAAGACUUCCAAGUACAGGGAUAAUGUUAAAAUGACUGACCAGGAAAUUGCAAACUUGUUGAUUGGUGUUUUGAUGGGUGGUCAGCACACGUCUGCAGCCACCUCUGCUUGGUUCAUCUUGCACUUGGCUGAAAAGCCACAGCUUCAAGAAGAAUUGUACGAGGAACAAAUGCGUGUGUUGGACGGUGGUAAAAAACAGUUAAGCUACGAACUGUUGCAGGAAAUGCCCCUUGUAAACCAAGUUAUUAAGGAAACAUUGAGACUACACCACCCAUUACAUUCCUUAUUUAGAAAGGUUAUUAAAGACAUGCCUGUCCCAAACACCUCCUAUGUUGUUCCAAAGGGUCACUACAUCCUUGCAUCUCCUGGCUUCUGCCAUCUUUCUGAGCAAUAUUUCCCUAAGUGCAACGAGUUUCAACCGCAUCGUUGGGACAACGACGCCGCCACCUCCUACGCUAGCUCUGAGAAAGUCGACUACGGAUUUGGCUCUAUUUCUAAGAGUGUAUCCUCCCCAUACCUACCCUUUGGCGGUGGUAGACACAGAUGCGUUGGCGAAGGUUUCGCUUACGUCCAGUUAGGUACCAUUCUUUCUACUAUUGUUAGGACCAUGAAGUGGCGUCUACCCGAUGGCGUCAAAAGUAUUCCAGAGGUAGACUACACCUCCAUGGUUGCAUUGCCAGGUUCUCCAGCAGACAUUGUGUGGGAGAAGAGACGUGAAGUUGUCGGGAGCCCUCUUUCCUGA